AAGGGCGGAAGUGGGUGUGGUAGGGACGGCAGCCGAGAGGGCACGCACGCUGAGACAAAAUACUGGAAGUGGGAGCCUCGGGGUCGAAGGGAUGAUUCCCCCGCAGGAGGCGUCCGCCCGGCGGCGGGAGAUCGAGGACAAGCUGAAGCAGGAGGAGGAGACGCUGUCCUUCAUCCGAGACAGCCUGGAGAAGAGCGACCAGCUCACCAAGAACAUGGUGUCUAUCCUGUCAUCCUUUGAGAGCCGCCUGAUGAAGCUGGAGAACGCCAUCAUCCCUGUUCACAAGCAGACAGAGAACCUGCAGCGGCUGCAGGAGAAUGUUGAGAAGACUCUGUCCUGCCUGGACCACGUCAUCAGCUACUACCACGUGGCCAGUGACACCGAGAAGAUCAUCAGGGAGGGCCCCACAGGUAGGCUGGAAGAAUACCUGGGAAGUAUGGCCAAGAUUCAGAAGGCUGUGGAAUAUUUCCAGGACAAUAGCCCAGACAGCCCAGAGCUCAACAAAGUGAAGCUGCUGUUUGAGCGGGGGAAGGAAUCUCUGGAGUCUGAGUUCCGCAGCCUGAUGACCCGGCACAGUAAGGUCGUGUCCCCUGUGCUCAUCCUGGAUCUGAUCAGUGGCGAGGACGAGCUGGAGGUCCCAGAGGAGGUGCCCCUGGAGCACCUGCCCGAGGGCGUGCUUCUGGAUGUGGUCCGCAUCUCCCGCUGGCUGGUGGACUACGGCCACAACCAAGAUUUCAUGAACGUCUACUACCAGAUCCGCUCCAGCCAGUUGGACCGCUCCCUCAAGGGCCUGAAGGAGCAUUUCCGGAAGAGCAGCUCUUCCUCGGGGGUUCCCUACUCCCCUGCUAUCCCCAACAAGAGGAAGGACACACCCACCAAGAAGCCCAUCAAGCGGCCAGGGACGAUCCGGAAGGCUCAGAACCUUCUGAAACAGUAUUCCCAGCAUGGUCUAGAUGGGAAAAAGGGGGGCUCUAACCUCAUUCCUCUGGAAGGGCUUCUUCCCAGUCCCCUGAGGGGCAGCCCACCAGACCCCUGGAUAAACGCUGCUUGUAUUUGUGCGGCCGACAUCUCGCUAGGUCACGAGCAUGAUUUCCGAGUUAAGCACCUGUCCGAGGCCCUGAACGACAAGCACGGGCCGCUGGCCGGGAGAGAUGACAUGCUGGACGUGGAGACCGAUGCCUACAUUCACUGUGUCAGUGCCUUCGUCAAGCUGGCCCAGAGCGAGUACCAGCUGCUGACAGAAGUCAUCCCUGAGCAUCAUCAGAAAAAGACCUUUGAUUCCCUGAUACAGGAUGCACUGGACGGGCUGAUGCUCGAGGGGGAGAACAUCGUGUCUGCUGCGCGGAAGGCCAUCGUCAGACACGACUUCUCCGCGGUGCUCGCUGUGUUCCCCAUCCUGCGGCACCUCAAGCAGACCAAGCCUGAGUUUGACCAGGUGCUCCAGGGAACGGCCGCCAGCACCAAGAACAAGCUGCCCAGCCUCAUCACCUCCAUGGAGACUGUUGGAGCCAAAGCGCUGGAGGACUUUGCCGACAACAUCAAGAAUGACCCCGACAAGGAAUACAACAUGCCCAAGGAUGGCACUGUGCACGAGCUCACAAGCAACGCCAUCCUCUUCCUGCAGCAGCUCCUGGAUUUCCAGGAGACGGCAGGUGCCAUGCUGGCCUCCCAAGAGACCAGCUCUUCAGCCACCAGCUACAGCUCCGAGUUCAGCAAGCGCCUCCUGAGCACCUAUAUCUGUAAAGUGCUGGGGAACCUGCAGUUGAACUUGCUGAGCAAGUCCAAGGUGUACGAGGACCCGGCUCUGAGCGCCAUCUUUCUGCACAACAACUACAACUACAUCCUCAAGGCCCUGGAGAAGUCCGAGCUGAUCCAGCUGGUGGCUGUGACCCAGAAGACUGCCGAGCGCUCCUACCGGGAGCACAUCGAGCAGCAGAUCCAGACCUACCAGCGCAGUUGGUUAAAGGUGACUGACUACAUCGCUGAGAAGAAUCUACCCGUAUUCCAACCGGGAGUCAAGCUCCGGGACAAGGAGCGGCAGAUGAUCAAGGAGCGCUUUAAGGGCUUCAACGAUGGCCUUGAAGAGCUGUGCAAGACCCAGAAGGCCUGGGCUAUCCCCGACACAGAGCAGAGGGACAAGAUCCGCCAAGCCCAGAAGCACAUUGUCAAGGAGACCUACGGGGCCUUUCUGCGCAGGUACAGCAGCGUGCCCUUCACCAAGAACCCUGAGAAGUACAUCAAGUACCGCGUGGAGCAGGUGGGCGACAUGAUCGAUCGCCUCUUUGACACCUCCGCCUGAGCCUGGUUACACAGACCAGCCAUCUUAUCGGACACACAAACCAGUGUUAACCUGCCUCUGUUCCGGGUGAUCUCAACAUCCUUUGGGACAGGGACGUUUCUUCACCACCCAGGCUGGUAGCCCUGUCCCUGGACCCGUGAGUCCUGGCUUGUGCUUCUUCCUGCAGCCCCCGUUCCCCACCAAACCAGUACUGUCUUGGGCGCUGGGCUCUGUGUCCCUGACUGUAGCCUGCAGGGGCCACGUGAUGGCUUCAAGACAGGAAAGGACAGAGAAGGAAAACAAAGGCUUGUGCCCUCAGCCGCCACGUAUGCACAAGAGCAGUGGGCACAACAGCCCCUCCACCAGCCCAGUUCAGAACUGGGGAUGCAGCACUUCCUCUUCAGCCCAGACGUGUGUGUGGGCUCAGAGGAGCCAGAGAGCCCGGCGAGAAAGCAAGCAGGAGCGACCUGCUCUCGGGUUUAGUGCAGAAAACUCAUUCCCCAUCACCCACAUCCUGAGGGCUGGGGGUGUUCUGUCCCCCGGGCUGCAGCAGGAGUGCUCCCUCUCCAUGCCCUCUGGGGUCUAACACACCUCAAGGGUUCAGAGGCGUUCCGACCGCCCUCUGCGGCCUGGCUUUUGAGCCCCUGUCUCCUGGUCCCCAGUGCUCCUGGCCUAGGGCCAAGCAGCAGUAGUUGCAUAAGGAGCAGUUAGGCUGCUUAGGGCGGCGGGGGGUGGUUGAGGGGUGUGAGGUGGGGCCCCACCUACAUAAGACAAAAGUAAACAGCUGAGCUCAAUAAAGACGGACCCUUGUGGUGGUACACUUGCA